GGGCAUAACGAUAAACGCACAACUCCGUUUCUCUCUCACCGCUUGGCAUCAACGGAGCCGCCAAAUAAAUUCUUUGGACGAAAAAUCUCUCCACAUUAACUCGGUACUGUUAUUAACGAAUUGCUUAAUAUUUCCUUCUCCUUCUCCCAUGGCCGCCCUUUCACUAGACUCAGCCUCCUCCAUUUCCCUCAGACCCACUUCUUCCGAAUUCCCUUUCAAAUUUCCUACUUACUCCAAACCUUCUUCUCUACCAUUUUCUUCCUUUUCAAAAUUCCGCACCUACAACCAUGAGAUCAAGAAAGCCCCUCUCUCUGUGCGAAGCAUCGCUGAAACAAGUCCCGGUCCCUCAUUUUCUAGAAAUUCUUCUUCUUCUUCUUCUUCUUCUUCUUCAAAGAUUAUAUCCGGGGUGAGACGACAUACAAUUUCUGUUUUCGUUGGUGAUGAAAGUGGAAUGAUUAAUCGUAUAGCUGGAGUUUUUGCUAGAAGGGGAUAUAACAUCGAAUCACUUGCGGUUGGCUUGAACAAGGACAAGGCUCUUUUCACUAUAGUUGUCUCCGGGACUGAAAAGGUGUUAGAACAAGUUAUCGAGCAGCUCCACAAGCUUGUAAAUGUUCUGAAGGUUGAAGAUCUCUCCAGUGUGCAACAGGUGGAACGUGAACUGAUGCUUAUAAAAAUAAAUGCUGAUCCUACAUAUCGUGCUGAGAUUAAGAGACUAGUGGAUGUCUUCAGAGCAAAAAUUGUAGAUAUCUCAGAUGAUUCUGUAACAAUUGAGGUAACUGGGGAUCCAGGGAAGAUGGUCGCUUUCCAAAGAAAUUUAAGCAAAUUUGGAAUUAGAGAAAUUGCUAGAACUGGAAAGAUUGCUUUAAGGAGAGAAAAGCUAGGUGCAUCUGCCCCAUUUUGGCGAUACUCUGCAGCUUCUUAUCCAGAUCUUGAAGAAAAGAGGCCUGCUGAUGCUUCCAUGGGAAUUGAAAAUAAAGCAUUCAACAGUGAAUUGAGUGAAUCCAAUUCAUCAGGUGACGUAUAUCCUGUGGAGCAGUCGGAUGACUUUACUAUCAAGCCAGUUCUUGAUGCUCACUGGGGAGUACUCAAUGACGAAGAUGUGGAUGGUCUUCGUUCACAUACUUUAUCUAUGCUAGUAAAUGAUUCUCCAGGGGUCCUUUAUAUUAUCACUGGACUUUUUGCAAGAAGGGGAUAUAAUAUUCAGAGUUUAGCCGUUGGUCAUGCAGAAGCGGAGGGCAUUUCACGCAUAACAACGGUUGUUCCUGGUACAGAUGAAUCAAUCUACAAGUUAGUACAGCAACUUUAUAGGCUGGCCGAUGUUCAUGAGGUUCGGGAUCUGACCCACUUGCCGUUUUCAGAGCGGGAGCUGAUGCUGAUUAAAAUUGCUGCAAAUCCUUCUGCUAGACGUGAUGUGCUUGACAUUGCCCAAAUAUUUAGGGCCAAGGCAGUUGAUGUCUCCGACCAUACGAUUACACUAGAGCUUACAGGAGAUUUGCAUAAGAUGGUUGCACUCCAGAGGUUGUUAGAGCCUUAUGGCAUUUGUGAGGUAGCAAGAACAGGACGAGUAGCAUUGGUGCGUGAAUCGGGAGUAGACUCAAAAUAUCUUCGUGGAUACUCUUUUCCUUUGUAGGCUGAGGGGUGAGGCGCACAAAACAUCGGACUCUUACGUAACAAAUAUUGUUGUGGAUGGAAUGGAAGAUCUGUGUAUAUAAGAACGGUACAAAAAGAAAAGAAAAGAGUUUCUGCAUUGUUUUGUUGAAGAUACUCAGAGGCCCUUCUGCCAAAUGUUAUUUGGAAGUGACUAAAGCAGUAGAAGUUCAUGUCAACAAAGUGAUGGUGUGAGAAAUGUUUUGUUUUUGUUGAAACCGUUGAUGUCGCUUAUUUAUUUGAUAUUUUGAUGUUCAAGUAAUUUUCACCACGUGGGAUCUAAGUUUUGCUCAUUUUUUCUUC